CGAGUGCGCUGAACUAUCUCCUCUGUGGACAUUUUUAACACUUCUUCUCCGAUUCCAUCUUCCACCUCGUCCCAAACUGAUUUGUCACUCAGCGACGCCAUCUUUGCUCUGUCUGGCUGCGCGCUGUGACUCGGCGGAAGUUAAAGCGUCUUCUUCCGGAAAGAGCUAAGCAUUUUCUUCACCGCUGAGCGUUAGAAAAAAACGAAGCUAAGCUCGCAUUAUUUUUGUUUUUGUGACCACUUCUGCUCCAAAAGUAUAUAUCGUUCUGGACUCAGCGUUGUGGAAAGAAACCGGGGAAGUCCAUUUAUUAUUCAAGUGAUUUUUUUUCUACAAACGUAGACCCAUCUCAAUUCAAGGCACCUGCUGCAAAAGUGGAUAGGACAGCUGCCUAGCAGGGGUUGGCAGUGUUGCAAAGGGAGAACCAGAAAACAUGGACCAAAAUAACAGCAUCCAAGCCUUUCAAGGCCUGGCUUCACCUCCGGGAGUGAUGACCCCAACCAUGCCAGUUUUCAGUCCCAUGAUGCCGUACGGCUCGGGCCUCACACCCCAGCCAGUACAAAACACAAACAGUCUGUCCAUACUGGAGGAGCAGCAGAGGCAACAACAACAGCAGCAACAAACACAGCAGGCCAACACGGGUCUUCCAGGAACAUCAGGACAGACUCCACAGCUCUUUCAUUCUCAGCCAGUACCAGGUUCAACUACCACUGCGCUACCCGGUAACACCCCGCUCUACAGCGCUCCGGUGACACCUAUGACCCCCAUCGCUCCAGCUACACCUGCCUCAGAGAGCUCUGGCAUCGUACCACAGCUACAAAACAUAGUUUCUACUGUAAAUCUGGGUUGUAAACUGGACCUGAAGACUAUUGCCUUAAGAGCUAGGAAUGCUGAAUACAACCCAAAGCGUUUUGCUGCAGUCAUCAUGAGAAUACGAGAACCAAGAACAACAGCUCUCAUCUUCAGCUCUGGGAAGAUGGUCUGCACUGGAGCCAAAAGUGAGGAACAGUCCAGGUUAGCAGCGAGAAAGUAUGCCCGCGUGGUGCAAAAGCUCGGUUUUCCUGCAAAGUUUUUGGACUUCAAGAUUCAAAACAUGGUGGGCAGCUGUGAUGUCAAGUUUCCCAUUCGUCUUGAAGGACUCGUCCUCACGCAUCAGCAGUUCAGCAGCUAUGAGCCGGAGCUUUUUCCAGGGCUGAUUUACAGAAUGAUCAAACCCAGAAUUGUGCUGCUUAUCUUUGUUUCUGGAAAGGUAGUACUCACAGGUGCCAAAGUGAGAGGAGAAAUCUACGAAGCUUUUGAAAACAUUUAUCCCAUCCUGAAAGGAUUUCGCAAGACUACAUAGAACUCAUAACUCCCAGUUCUCUACCAAAAUGCUGAAACUUUUUACAUUUUUAUCUUUUUUUUUUUUUUCUUUAAUGCUCGAUGUUAACAUUUCAAUGUUGACCUCAAGUUGACAGUAAAGACUUGAAUGUGAAAGACCAAUUGUCUUUCUCUUCUUUUUUUUUUAACGAGAAAGAUGUUUUAAAGGUCCUUUUCGGUCUUUCUUAUCACAAUGGUCAACUAACUUUACCUGGUUUUAGCUUUUGGAUUUUCUACUCUUCCUCUCUGGUUGUACAUAGAAUUGUAAGAACAUGUAAAAAGUGUCAGAAGUAGUUAGACUGGGACUUUUCCUGAUUUUACUUUAAACUGUUUCAGGUUUUGUAUAAAGCAAAUUCUUUUUUUUUCUCACUCUUCUCAAUUUAUGAGUGUUUUUGUCCUUUUUUGUUAUUUUUUGAUCAACCCCUUGGGAAAAUCUUGCCACCAAAUUGGAUAAAAUUUCAAAGUUAAAAUUAAACUGAAGCCAUAAAUGUUCCAAAGUUACAGUGAAAGUCCUCAUUUUAAAACUAAUAGAAACCAUUUAAAUUGUUACUGGGUACGUUAGUUUUUUUUUGAUCCACUGUAGUUUGUUCUGCAAUAUUGUGUUUACCAUUCAAAGUCACCACAUGUUCCCAUCAUUGCUUGAAGCUUUUUAUUUUAUUUUUUUACGACGAAACAGAGCAUAAUUGUGAUAUCAGAUGUACUUUAUUGUAAAACUCUUGUACAAAUGUAUAUAACUUAUUUUCAAUUAUUAGUAGUGAUUAAAAGUUGAGGGGAUGUUCCAAAAAACUUAAACAGGAAACUUGGAAAAAUGAACUUAACAGACAUUCAAAAUACUGAUGUUCCUUAGUUUUUCUUAAAUUUAAACGUAGCACUAACCAUCUUGGCAGUUUUUUUUUUAUUUUUUUUUAUUAAUCUUUGCAGAGAGUGAGUUAAUAACUGUAAAUGCUCCUGCUUGUCUAUAUUUUUCCCUCCAAACUUUGUUUAGAAACGUACUUAUCACUUGUGGAUUUAAGUUUCUGGCACUUGUUGAUUUUAUUUUCUCGUUAACCAAUCUUAGGAUUACCUAUCUUAAGUCAAACUUUCUUAAUUUGUUAUAACUUAACGUCUGUUCCACUUACUGUGGACGCUGUCACCAGAAAUCCCUUUUCCAUUCAGAUACCUGUUCUACAACUGUUGGAGCUGUACUGUGCGUUAAUAAACACGUUCAUACAUCCUAUUCAUAAA